GGCCUCUGACUCCAUUAUAUCUAUCGAAUCAUAUAUACCAGUCGUAGUAUGACGCGUUGAAGAACAGAAACGAAACGAACCAAAAAGUCUUCUCCGGCAACUUUAGAUCCUCCAGCAGCAAGAUCAUUUCUCAAUCCCAUCCUUUGCCUCAACCCAAUAUGGACUUCUUCACUUCAAGCAAAGCUAAGAAAGAUAGCAAAAAAUCAUCAGGACUCUUUGGCAAGAAAACUGUCAGCAAGAGCACUCCGGGCAGCCCUGCUCAUCCCCCCGGCGCUAGAUCCCCGCCCCCAUCGUAUCUUUCAAACAAAAGAGCCGAAACAGAGUACGAUUUCCCCAUGUCCAAUGAACAAAGACCAUACUGGAAACAGCCUGCCUCUGAACGCGUCCCCAACUCCCACCCUAGGCCUCCCGUGUAUGGAUACGGCACGCCCGACCAUCGUCGAGACCACGGUAGAGAAAGAAUGGAGGCCAUGAGUUAUGAGCCAGAGACCAACGCUCCUUCCAGCCCAUAUCAUCCAGCUGGAAACCGCACGCCUGAACGUCCUAGGAAAUCAACCGAGUAUCGUCGAGAACACCAGGAUCGAAUGUAUGAAGCAGAUACCCGAAGCAAUGCGAGCCCAUUUCACCCAUUCAGAAGCCCUUCUCCAUCUCCAUUCCACACGCCUGAUCGCCGCAGAGACCACUACGACAUGUAUGAGCCUGAGGCCAACACCAUGCUGCAGAAUAGCGCUCCAGGGAGCCCAUUCCAUCCAGCUGGAAGCCGCUCUCCACCACCAUACAGAACGCCUGAUCGUCGUAGUAACUAUGAUAAAGAGCAAUUUGAGGACCUGUACGAGCAAGAUGGUGAUGUCACACCGCGAAACAGCUCUCCACCGAGCCCGUUUCAUCCAGCAGCAUACAAAACGUCUGAUCAACGUAGUAACCAUGGUAAAGAGCAAAUUGAGGACUUUUAUGAGCAAGAUGACGAUGUAACACCACGAAACAGCUCUCCACCUAGCCCAUUGCAUCCAGCAGCAAGCCAUUCACCACCACCACCACAACCAUACAGAACGCCUGACCAUCGUAGAAGCCACCAGGAUAACGAGGAUUUCGAGGCAAUGUAUGAGCUAGAUGGCGACUUAAUACACCAGAAGAGCGCUCCUCCGAGUCCCGUUCAUGGACCAUACUAUUCAUCCAGCGACGACGAUAAUCACUCCACCUACCUCUAUCCAGAAAUCCGCAGCCCACUUCGUUCCAGGAUCGUAUCCGAGAACAGCACGCCUGUUCACCACAACUACCAGAUAGUUGCGGCCGAGACCUAUGAGCAAGACAAGCAGUUCGAGCCGCCGGAGCUGCCUGACGAGUCACAAAGCUUCACAAUGCAGGAGAUUACCAAAAUGCGAGGACUCAAGAACUACGAAAGCGGCAAGGAAGAGAGUCAAUCAAUGAUAUCCGAGGCUUACGUAUCCGUCGCGAAUUACAGAGUGAGGCAGAGCGUGUCGGAAACCCUGCAGGCGAUCAUCGACAAGCACGGCGACAUCGCAGCCUCCUCGAAGCUGCAAGCAAUGGCAACUCGGUCUUAUUACCUGGAAUCCCUAGCCGCUGUGGUGAUGGAGCUGAAAAAGACGGUUCUGAGGGAUUUGACGAAAACGCGCGUGGCGGAGAUCGCGGCGGUGGUGAAAGACAUGGAGUCGGUGAAAAUCAACGUGUCGUGGCUAAAGACAGCGGUAACGGAACUGGCGGAGGCGGUGGAGUAUUUCGGGCAGUACGACACGGCGAAGGUGGAGAAAGAGGUGUGCGAGAGAGAUCUGACGGCGAAAAAGGGGGAGAUGGAGGAGAUGACGGCGGAGCUGGUGAAGAGGGAGAAGGAAAUCAAAGAAUGCAGAGAGAAGGUGACGGUGGUCGCAGGGAGGCUAGGGCAGCUGGAGAUGAAAGGUUCGAAAUUGAACAAGAAUCUCGACCUCUUCCAGUCCAAAGUCCACAAAUUCCAAGGAGAAGCCGUCCUUCUCCACCUUUAGCUCCGUCUCCAAUUUCUUCCGUUUUGGAUCUCAUUAUUCAAUUAUUUUCUAUUGACAUGAAAUGUUUAUAAAUUUAAAGUUUGGGGCCAUUAGUGUAAUUCUUAAAAAGAUUUAAAAAGCUUUUAUGUUGAAUGUUGAGAGUCAAGGUCAGCUAUUGCAGAAGCGUAGAUUGUUUCAGAGUCAAGCAUCUCAAUACAUUGUAAUAAUAUGCAUGCGUGUGUUUCAAGCUAUAUAUUUAUGUAUGUGCAUUUUACUCUUGUUUAUAUCUUCUGUGAUAUCAAAACUUGAUUGACUUGGUGGUCAACACUUGUUAUAGCAAACAAACAAACUAUAGCAGUACUCUCUCAGUCUCUUGUAUGCAUUGC